AUGGAUCAAGGUCCCGGUGCAAUGGGUUCGAAAGUUGAUAUAGGAUACCUGCAUGAUGACCCAGACUACAUUAAGAGAAGGAACGAAUCACUGAAAUACGGGAUGAACAUGUUCAUAAGUGAUCUGAUUGGAUUACGCCGAACGUUAGCUGACAGAAGGUCUCAGAAAUGCAAAGAAAUGGUGUAUCCAGGCAAUCUCCCAACUGCCAGCAUUAUCAUCAUAUUCCGGGAUGAACCUUUAAGUACGUUGAUGAGAACUGUGUAUGGAGUAUUUGACACAUGUCCUAGCGAACUUCUCGAAGAAAUCAUUCUUGUUGAUGACGGAACUGUAGAUAGGAGCACAGUAAUUGGAGUGCAAAUCCACGUGAGAAACAUGAAUAAGGCGAUUUUAAUUCGGAACGAGAAAUCUCGUGGUUUGAUGAUGGCCAGGCAGCAGGGAAUUGAGCGGGCGCGGUCAGGGUAUUUCAUAGUGCUUGAUAGUCACAUCGAGUUCAACAUCGGCUGGUUGGAGCCAAUUCUCCAUAGACUUGUCCAAGAACCAAACGCCUUGCUUACAUCUCAUGUUGGAGCGAUAGAUAGAGAAUCGUUUGAAUACAUCAUUGGCGAUGCAAAUACACUUUUCCUAUGCUUUGAACAAAUAACCAUCAAUGAGCAGUGGGCACGUUUUUCUGACGAGUUUAUAUUAAAACGGAACGGAAGUAUGGACCCUAUUCCAUUCUGUAUGGUACCGGGCAUGAUGAUGGCAAUGCGUAAGGAAUUCUUUCUUCAGCUAGGAGGCUUUGACCAAGGAAUGGAAGUAUGGGGUUCAGAACAUAUCGAAAUCAUUAUCAUCAUCUUCCGGGAUGAACCUCUAAGUACGUUAAUGAGAACUGUGUAUGGAGACACGUGUCCUAGCGAACUUCUCGAAGAAAUCAUUCUUGUUAAAAACGUAACUGUAGAUAGGAGCACAGUUAUUGGAGUACAAAUCCAUGUGAGGAACAUGGAUAAUGUGAUACUUAUUCGGAGCGAGAAAUCUCGUGGUUUGAUGAUGGCCAGACAGCAGGGAAUUGAGCGGGCAAGGUCAGUGUAUUUCAUUGUGCUUGAUAGUCACAUCGAGUUCAACAUCGGUUGGUUGGAGCCCGUUCUCAAUAGACUUGUCCAAGAACCAAACGCCAAACAUCUCAUGUUGGAGCGAUAG